ACAUGCGAUCAUUGUCAGUUCCGUACCGUCCUAAAACGCGUGUGUACGUUAGAAAAUAUGAUUAGAGUAAAGGUGUACAAAUAUCGAUGGGUCAUCCUGGCAAUAUACUGCGCACUGUCCGUGAUUAACUACAUGCAGUUACUGCAGUUUGUUAUAAUAGCCAAUAUAAUCAGUAAGUUCUACAACGUAGACGAGUUUCCAGUCGAUCUCACAUGUCUGAUAUUUUAUAUCGCCUACAUUGUGUUGUUACUGCCGAUCAGUUACUUAAUUGAAAAAUGCAGUUUGAAAUUUACUUUCGCCACGGCGGCCCUCUUGACGCUGGUCGGCAACCUUCUAAAACUGCUGGGCUCAGAUCCGUCCAGAUUCUGGACCAUCGUCGUUGCCCAAGGACUGUGCGCCGUGGCUCAAAUUUACCUGGCCAGUGUGCCUUCCAAAGUAGCCACCACGUGGUUCGGUUCGUCUCAGGUGUCGACGGCGUGCGCCGUCGCCAUUUUGGGCAUGCAACUUGGUGCCGCGUUGGGGUGCGUGGUAUCGCCCUACCUCGUCGAAAUGGGUGAUCGUACCGAAUCUCAGCUAUUCGACAUGUUCCUGUACCAAGCGAUCGCUACAGGGGUUGUCUUCCUGGUGGUUGUUUUGUUUUUCAGAUCGAAGCCAGCGCUGCCACCAAGUCCGUCACAGUUGGCUCUGGUCGACAGAGACGUCAAAGAACCGUAUAUGAAACAGGUAUUGACGAUGUUCAAGGAAAGAAACUUCUGGAUGAUUAUCUGGUCUUUGGGUUUGCCGACUGGCGUUUUAAACGCCAUCGGUCUCAUAGAGAACAGCAUAUAUCUCAACUAUUUUCCCGGAGCCGAGAGUGACGUCGGACUCGUAGGAUUCCUGGCCAUUAUUAUGGGGGGUUGUGUCGGCAGUGUGAUUUUCGGCGUCAUUUUGGACAAGACGCACAAGUUCAAACUGGUGUCGUUUGUCAUCCUCAUUAGUUCGUCAAUCUCCUACGUUCCUGUCGUGAUCAGUCUCGUAGAGAAGAGCCGUAUCGGAAGUUUUAUAGCAAUUCCGCUAUUCGGGUUUUGCCUGACGCCGGCCAUGAUGGCCGGUUUCGAAUACAUCGUCGAGGCUACUUACCCGGUACCCGAAUCGAUAAGCUGCGCAGCAUUCAACGCGUUUCUGUACUUGUUCACGAUCAUCCUUACGCUGACGUUCGAGCAGCUCAUCGACUCGAUUGGAUAUUUGAACACGUUCUUUACGAUCGAGGGGAUCUUACUCUCCUCCACCGUCGUCAGCCUGUUAGUCAAAUCGGAUUUGAAACGACGCGACGCGAACAUGAACGACGUGGCGACGCCGGCGGGAAACGCGGCAGCGUCGCAACCGUACGACGCGGCGACUCGCGCGAAGUUUUCACUCGGCUAUUGAAAUAAAGUAGAGUUUUGGUAUGGGUGUUUAUUUUUUCAUUUUUCG